GUUGUAUUCCGGAACUGUUUGGAAGAUUACAAUAGAAUGGCGGACAAGGUGGCAGACAAUCACGAUCAACUUAUGGAUGAUGGAAUCGACAUUGACGAGAAUGAAGCUAUCAUGAAAAACCAAGCUUCAAAGUCGUCGUCCUCCACUUCGCGAAGACUUAUUGUUGUCCUCGAGAAUGCGUCGCUCGAAGCAUCUCAGGUCCAUCCAUACAAGCAAGACAAGAUCCAACUUUUGAAUUGCGACGAUCAUCAAGCUCUUCUCAAGCGUCUCAAUAGAGACAUUGCUGAGGCUAGACCUGAUAUCGUACAUCAGUGCCUGUUGACUUUGAUGGAUAGUCCAUUGAACAAAUCUGGACACCUUCAGGUGUACAUCCAUACCGCCAAGGAUGUUUUGAUCCGAAUCAACCCUGAAUGUCGCAUACCAAGAACGUUCAAGCGCUUUUCGGGUUUAAUGGUCCAACUUCUGCAGAAGCAGAGCAUUGUAAGCAUGACUGGAGCCGAAAAGUUGUUAGAGGUGGUCCAAGGACCCAUUACAAAGUACCUGCCCGAAAACACCAAAAAAAUUGCCAUGUCUUGGGAUGCGCCCAAGGUUCGCUUGUAUCCUUACUUUAAGCAAAUACCAGAGGAUGUACCCGUAUGCGUUGCUAUUGGAGCUAUGGCUAAAGGACAAGACGAUUUUGCCGAUACCUAUGUAGAUGAAAAGAUUGGUGUCUCCGACUACGCACUCUCAGCUUCUGUGGCUUGCGGUAAAGUGUGCUGUGCCUUGGAAGAUUUGUGGGAGAUUAUGUGAAUAUAUGUAAAUUUGCGUUAAGAGGGAGUGCCUGGUGCAAAUACCUUCAACAGAUGUUGCUACCUAUCAAAAUAUAUUGCUUUUUUUGUUCACCCAAAAAUCGU